UCAUCGUCGCAGCCUGACUUCUUAGAACGCUUUCUUGCUGCGAAUCGACUGCAUCCAAACGACGCGAAUGAUAAUCUUACAUUUGUUUGGUGUUACACAAUCACAAAUGUAGUUGCCGGCAGCGAUACCAUAGCGAUCCCCCUGCGUUCAAUAUUGUACUAUGUCCUCAGCAAUCACAAAAUAUACUCAAGAUUGGUGCAAGAAUUGAUUGGCAGCAAACUCUCCAUACUUGUUUCUUGGAAAUCAGCUCAGAAACUUCCAUAUCUCGAUGCAGUUGUGAGAGAAGCAUUGAGAAUCCACCCACCUGUCGGACUAGGUUUGGAAAGGGUAGUACCAGCUUCUGGCCUCUGUCUCCCGGACGGAACGUUCUUUAGACCUGGCACACUCGUCUCAAUGAAUGCAUGGGUUUUGCAUCGCUCUAAAGCAAUUUUUGGAGACGACGCGAAUACUUUCCAGCCAGAAAGGUGGCUUCAACGAUCAAACGAGACUGAAGAAGAGUUCCGACAGCGCCUUCACAAGAUGCAACAAUCUGAAUUCACCUUCGGCUUUGGGCCUCGGACUUGCAUCGGGAAAAACUUAAGUUUACUUGAGAUCUACAAGGUUGUCCCGGCAUUAUUCUUGUCCUUUGAUAUGGAGAUUUUCAAGGCAGAUUGGAAUACUUGG